ACCGCGCAUGCCCGACGCGAGGACGCCAUGUUGGCGGCCAUUUUGUAAAAAAAGACGUUAAAAAAGUUGACGUAAAAACUUUAUCGAAAACAUAGAACGUCAAAACUUUACAAUUCGGUAGAAAGAAUUGAUGUUAUUUUGAGUUCAUUUGUGUUAAAUAAUAUAUGUUAUUGGUGUUUAUUUACUUUCUUUUUCUGCUGGUAAAAAAGUCUCCCUUUACUUAAGCGCAUCACAAAAAAAGAUUCCACGAAUUGAGAACCUCCUUCUUUUUUGGAAGUUGGUUAAAAAAAUUAUAAAACUGUGUGUCGAUAAAAUGUGACUGAAAUAGUAGUGACAAAAUGACGAGUCUAUUCAGCAAGAUGGGUGGGUUCCGUAAGAAGAAGGACAGCGGAAGGAACAGUGUAUAUUCUAUGGUGUCCUGCAGCGACCUCACGCCGGGCAGCCUGGAGGUGUGGGUGGACCUGCCUGACGCCAUCAAGUACGACCCAGCACUCGCGCCCUUCAAGCAGCUCUACGAACAACAUCAUGGUAAAUUGGAGUCUACUCCGGUCACACCCAUCACACCAGAAGGAGAUAGAAAUAUAUUUAGCAAGAAAUCGUCCGACCCAGUAAGCGAUGAAAACGGACCCACCGAUAGGAAUACUAAUAGCAAAGAAAUUGAUAAUAGGUUAAUAGAACAAAAAGUACCUGAUGAUGAAAAGAAAAUCCCUCCUUCAGCACGAAAAAAACAGUGUGACAGAACCCUCCGAGUGUUGAAGCUAUCAGCUCUGGUGGCAGGCUGGGCGCUGCUCACCAUAUCCCUGCUCCUGAACAAUGAGAAGAAUGACGUGGUGCUGCACACUGCUGUCAAUGUUGGUGAGGUUCAAGAAUAUCUCCUAGAAUCAACCCAAGAAGAUUUCACGGUCUCCGUCACAUUGUCCGGACCAUUUGCGUAUUCGAAGAGCAAUGAUACGACUCUACUACAAUUAUGGCUGCACAGAUCUUCAGGGGAAGGCGAAUAUGCACAGGAUUCCACGUCAUGGGUGAUACAUCUUCAGCCGGAUGACGUCAUAAACUUUUCGCCCAGUGCGUCUGCGUCACACAUCCUAAUCCUGGAGAAAAUGAAGCCUAACAAUGAAAGACCAUUAAAUACAACAGUGGAAAACGCUUACAAUAUCUCUUCUAGUAGCAGUAAUGGAACUAGCAUCUACCUGCGCAUGAGCACCAGCAGCAACAAGACCGUGCCUCUGACGGUCAGCUACCAGCUGGCCCCGCUGUCCAAAGAGGAUGGAAUCAUCUACGCGAGUAUACUGCUCUGCAUUCUCUACAUCUUGAUCAUUUUUGAGAUUGUAAACAGAACCCUCGCGGCGCUUCUUUCAUCAUCCCUCGGGGUAGCAGUACUGGCACUAAGCGGUGCACGACCCUCCCUACCAGAGCUGGUGUCUUGGCUGGACAUGGAGACACUGCUGCUGCUGUUCAGCAUGAUGAUCCUUGUGGCUAUACUUGCUGAAACUGGCCUGUUCGAUUAUCUGGCUGUUGUUGCUUUUGAGGUGACGGGUGGCCGGACGUGGCCUCUGAUCAACUGCCUGUGCUUCUUCACGGCAAUCUUCUCCACAUUCUUGGACAACGUCACCACUGUACUACUCAUGACGCCGGUCACUAUACGGCUGUGUGAAGUGAUGCAACUGAACCCUAUACCAGUCUUGAUGUCAAUGGUGAUAUUUAGUAACGUGGGCGGUGCGGCCACCCCCGUGGGAGAUCCACCCAAUGUUAUAAUUGCAAGCCAUCCUGCUGUUUUGAAAGCGAACAUAAACUUCACAUCAUUCACGCUGCAUAUGGGGCUCGGAAUUCUGCUGGUGUGCGUGCAGACUUAUUUCCAGCUGCGAUACAUGUUCCGAGACAUGAACACGCUCCGACACAGCGUACCCACGGAAAUUGUAGAGAUGCGUCAAGAAAUAGGAGUGUGGAAGAGAGCCGCAGCAUCCCUGUCGUCUUACUCCAGAGACGAAGACAUCGUCCGACGUGCUCUAGAGAAAAAAGUGCAGCGACUUCAGACAAUCCUGCUCAAGCGCGAAAACAACAGCGGCAAAGCGAAGGCAGACCCCAACUUUUGCUCAACCCUGGCACAGAUGAAACAGAAAUAUCGCAUCAGGGACAAACAGCUACUCAUAAAAUCGACAGUGUGUGUAGCUUUCGUAGUGAUCGUGUUCUUCCUUCACGCCAUACCCGAAUUACAAAGGCUAUCUCUGGGCUGGACGGCGUUAUUAGGAGCUCUGUUACUUCUCCUGUUAGCGGAGAGAGAGGACCUGGAACCCAUACUGGCGAGGGUGGAGUGGUCCACUCUUCUGUUCUUUGCUGCUUUGUUUGUCAUGAUGGAGGUACUAUCUAAGCUGGGGCUAAUAUCUUGGAUCGGGAGCUUAACGGAAUCCCUUAUACUGAAAGUUGGUGAAGAGUCCAGACUAACAGUUGCCAUUAUGCUUAUAUUAUGGGUGUCCGGCUUAGCCUCGGCCUUCGUGGACAACAUCCCGCUGACCACGAUGAUGGUGCGCGUGGUGGCGGCGCUGGCGGACCCGGCCGGCCUCGGCCUACCGCUGGCGCCCCUCGCCUGGGCUCUCAGCUUCGGCGCCUGCCUCGGAGGUAACGGCACGCUGAUCGGCGCGAGCGCAAACGUGGUGUGCGCAGGCGUGGCGGAGCAGCAUGGAUACCGGUUCACAUUCUUGCAGUUCCUCAAGGUCGGCUUCCCCGUCAUGCUGGGCAACCUCACCGUCGCUUCCGUCUACCUGCUUUUCUGCCACAGUGCUCUUACGUGGCACUGACCUAUGGCAUAGAUUAGAAACUCAUAUAAGGUCAUAACAAAAGAAUGUUACAAUACCCCAGCGUUGGACCAUCAGGUCCGAUCGCAAAUGAGGUUAAGAAAAUCUUAAGAUUUCCAUGAACAUUUUAGUUUUGUACUUUAAACAAGAAGCUUUAAAAUGUAAUUUCUCGGAACUAUUUUUAGAUAGACUUUUUAUGUGACUCGUUUAGAUUUUUGAUCGGCUUGCGGCCGAAAUUGAACCGUCAAUUAUUUGCCUGUAAUCUGUCGAUUAGUUGCUUAGCAACGUUAAAAAAAACCUUUAGUAUAGCUCGUCUAUUUUGGAAUGACGUACUCCACAACCGCAAUUUUACACAUCAACAAAAUUAUGUAGUGAGGCGCAUCAUUUCAGCUUAGAUAAGCUUAUACGCGAUAAGGUCGAGAUGGCAAUCACAACGAAAAUGGUUAGCGCGCCACCCCAAUUGCCAUCUCAACCUGUCGCGUACUAUACAAUUUUUUGCCAAAUAACAACAUUACUAAGUAACUUUUCGAUAGAUUACAGAUAGAUUCAUAAUAAUUCGACCGUAAGUUAACAUGAGUGCCUUGAAUUUGCGGUCACAUAAGUUUAUUAACUAUAAUCCAUCAACAGACAAGCCAAUUCGGUUGUAGGCGUUAGAACCCACGAAAUAAUUCAUUUUAGUCAAAGUCAUUCGGAAAGAAGCUCUUACUCAUCAUUAUUCAAACAAUUUUAACUAUGGGACCAAACCACAAACCUAAAGUUGUGAAAAAUAAUGUUUAUUGGAUGAGUAAAUCGAUAUUUUGGAUUUGGAUCUCCUUUUCGAAUGCCCUUGUAUAUUAUUAUAACCGAAAAUGUCUUUAAAUUAUGGCCAACCCAACCGGGUUACCGAAUAGUGUUGGAUACCAACCAAGUUGGUGCGUCUGUUAUACGUCAGGUACGAUACCCGUCGUAAAUAUUUACACAUCGAGCUAUAGAAAGUGUACAAAUCAGUAGUCCACCUCUUUCACUAAGAGCGGUUACACACUCCUCCGGUCCGAAUCCGGGAAAAUACGUAUAUAAAAAAACUUGGACCGAACUCGGAUAUUGCUUACGCACUUAUCUGAUCUCUGAUCCAAAUCCAAGCUAUUCAGUGGAUAUCUUUGUCAUAUCUAGUUAAAUCAUAUAAUAUGUUCCAUCUGAACCCGAGGCACAUCCGAGAUAUUCUCACGGAUGAAAGAAAACUCGGAUGACGGAAGUCGGAGCUAGUGCGUAAGCUACCAUAGAAAUAGUCAUACGAAUCCGAUCCGAUCCGAAUCCGUGAAAAUACGUUCCUAAGUUCGGAACGUAGUUUCACGGAUUCGGAUUAGAUGCAGUGUAAUCGCCCUGAGACUGAUAAUAUAUUAUGUCAGUAACAAAACGUCGCAUAGGUAUGAGUGACCAAAACGACACUAUGAAGCCCAAGGUGCCGAUUAUCUCUUCCUAAAGCUUGUGUAAAUUAAUAUACCUACUUAUAUAACACGUUUUUUAUUAUACUUAAUUAUCUUUUAAUAAUCGAUCGAUCAAAAAUGGUAUUACGCGUCUAUUAUAAUUGUAUAUGUAAUAUAAUUAAUUGUAAGCUAAGUAAAUGUAAUAAAUUAUUAUUAUCAUUUAAAGUUUUAUUCUUACAUUGAAUGUUUGUUGAAAUAUAAUUUUUAUCUA